CCCAUGGUGGCGUUUUGGGGACACCUUUUCCUCCCUAGACCUUGAUGGCAGAAACUUCUGACUUGCGUCACCUCAGAGGCCGUAGACGAGCCGGGCGGCGCGCCCCGCUUAGGCCCUGGACCAGCUGACUUGGAAGGUGAACGCGGACGUUUCCAGCAUCCCUGCGCUGUGGCGCCACUUAGACACUCCCGCAGGCCUCCACCCUCCACACUCUCCUUCACCCCGCUGCUCUAACCCCUCACCGACCGGAAGGUCUAGCGGGCCUCCCCGGCGUCCAGGCCACGCGUCACCGCCCCCCGGGCGCCCCCAGACGCGGGAAUCGGGCUCUGUGUCUUUAAGGGGGCAGCGGCGCCUUCCGUCGGGACAAAAUGUCUGCGAGGAGCCGGGAGGCGAGGGGCGAGCGGCCCGGCGUCCGACACUGCAGAAGGAAUGAGGAGUGAAGAGCCCUUGGAGACCAUGGAAGACAGCUGGAGGCCAGAUGACACUGCAGGGCAGGGUGGCCCCUGUCCCGCGCUGGCGCCCGCCGCUCCCGGCCACCUGGGGGCGCCGUACUCCGAGGCCUGGGGAUACUUCCAUCUGGCCCCAGGUCGGCCCGGACACCCGUCGACCGGCACCUGGGCCACCUGCCGGCUGUGCGGGGAGCAAGUGGGCGGCCACCCCGGCUUCCAGGCGUGGACGGGGGCGCUGUGGCGGCACCUGAGCGGCGCGCACCUGCGGGAGCUGGAGAAGAGCGCCGCCCGCAGCUCGCCGCCGGCUGUGCCCUGCCCGCCGCCCGGACCCGCCACGGCUGCCGAGGGUGACUGGGCACGCCUGCUGGAGCAGAUGGGCGCGCUGGCCGCACGGGGCAGCCGGCGCGAGCUGGAGCUGGAGCGGCGCGAGGCCAUCCUAAGGCAGGCCGAGCGCGCGCUGGAGCGCAGGCGCCGGGCUCUGCGGCAGGAGGAGCGCGCCAUGGCGCAGGCGCGCCGCCAGCUUCAGGCCGAGCGCCAAGCACUGAGUGCGUGGAUGCGGGAGCAGAGCCUCGAUGCAGGGGUCCUAGAACCCCCUUCUCCUAGGCCUCCACUCCUCAAGGAGGACCCUGACAGGGAUGUCCAUGACAACGAGAGCACCAAAGUCCUGCUGUAGCGCCGCAGCUCCAUGUGUAAACCUAAUCAUAGUCUGCUGAGGGCCAGGAGCAACCCCAAUGACUUCUUCCGGUAGUCUGGUUUGGGUGCAUGAAGAUGCACCUUCCAGUAAGAGGAGUCCGUUCCAGCAACCUCCAUGUAAUGCCUUAAGACCGAAGGCUUUUUAAAGCCAGAAGGUUCUCUAAACACCAAAGACUCAGAACACCCCAAGCCUUAGAACACCCCAAGCCUUGCAGGGGAAGGGGUAUGGAAAUGAAGAUAAGAUUCUUUAUUCAGAAAUGGUCUGUUCCUUUCCUAAUGAAUGAUCGUGUCCCAGCACCAAGUUCCAAAAAAUGACCUUGAGUUUGAUUGACUCCUAGCUCCUUACCUUCAGCAUCUAUGGACCCCUCCCCCAAUUGGGCCAGUCCCAGAGAAACUCCUGUUUCGCUCCUCCCAAGGCCAUGAGCAUCUUUUUAUUAAAAUCAUCUUUCCCUGGA